UGCCCCAACAGUAUAAUUACCCUAACAGGCUCAAACCAAGAAGUUUAUAAUUGAUACAACCGUACGUACCGGUACAUGAUAUUUUUUAGUCAUGACUCAUUAACUUUAAGCUUAUGAUAAACUUAUAUUUCGAGUUAUAUGGCGCACGAUUCGAUGUCUAAAAAUAAUGAACUUUCAUAGAAUAUAGAAUCUAAUAUUGCUUCUAGGUCGAUAUAUGCGAGAUCGUAUGCGACAGGAGUAAACAGUUAAAAAAAAAGGAUAGCGUUUCUCGUCACAAAGUAUUUUUAGAAGCUUUUGUAGCGUACCCUCUACCUGGGGUGGAAGUCUCAUUACCAUAUUAUAGCGUACCCUCUACCUGGGGAGGAAGUCUCAUUACCAUAUUAUAGCGUACCCUCUACCUGGGGUGGAAGUCUCAUUACCAUAUUAUAGCGUACCCUCUACCUGGGGUGGAAGUCUCAUUACCAUAUUAUAGCGUACCCUCUACCUGGGGUGGAAGUCUCAUUACCAUAUUAUAGCGUACCCUCUACCUGGGGUGGAAGUCUCAUUACCAUAUUAUAGCGUACCCUCUACCUGGGGUGGAAGUCUCAUUACCAUAUUAUAGCGUACCCUCUACGUGGGGUGGAAGUCUCAUUACCAUAUUAUAGCGUACCCUCUACCUGGGGUGGAAGUCUCAUUACCAUAUUAUAGCGUACCCUCUACCUGGGGAGGAAGUCUCAUUACCAUAUUAUAGCGUACCCUCUACCUGGGGCUCUACCUGGGGUGGAAGUCUCAUUACCAUAUUAUAGCGUACCCUCUACCUGGGGUGGAAGUCUCAUUACCAUAUUAUAGCCUACUCUCUACCUGGGGUGGAAGUCUGAUAACCCUUUUGUAGCCUACCCUCUACCUGGGGUGGAAAUCUGAUAACCCUUUUGUAGCCUACCCUCUACCUGGGGUGGAAAUCUGAUAACCCUAAAGCAGUGGUUCCCUCUGAACGGAGCGAAAUAUCACAACAUGUUUUAUAAUGUUAUUACCAUUAUCAAUUCAGUGUGAUAAGAUAUUCGGUCUCUUUUUGUUUUUUUUGUUGUUUUUUUUUGGGGGGGGGGGGAAGGGGGGGAAAGAACAACAACAGCAAACGAACAACGACAUUAUUUACAAUUGCACAAUGUAGACCUUCUCGUUAGAAAUGUGAUAAGAUAUUCGGUCUCUUUUUGUUUUUUUUGUUGUUUUUUUUUGGGGGGGGGUGGAAGGGGGGGAAAGAACAACAACAGCAAACGAACAACGACAUUAUUUACAAUUGCACAAUGUAGACCUUCUCGUUAGAAUUGGAUAUAAGGCACCUUUACAAAACGUGGAUUCAACAAGGACACCCAGAAAAAAUAAUUUGGCAACUACUGCGAUGUGCUUCAAUAAGUAAUAUUCAAUUAUUUAAAACAAAACAAUCAAGUAAGAUUUCAUAACGUUGCGUCUCUGUGUUAUUUACUUACUCCAUUUAAAAUUUAGAAGAGCUAAGACCAGAGAGAUAACACCAAUCAAACUUUGGUGACCUUAAUUUGGUAAUCAUUUCUCUUUAUUUUGAAAAGAGAAAAAAAAAGAAGAAAAAAAAAAGGGGGGGGGGAUCCAACAACAUUUGCUGACAAAUAAUUAAUCUAAAAAGAAAGCCUUCCUCUUGAAAUUGAAUAAAGUAUUACAUUUUUUUUUAAAAAUUCAUGUAAAGAUUUGAAAGAUUUUUUCAAUCGUUGCAAAAUUAUUUUCAAUCCAGAGUAAAAAAAAAUCAAAGAAAAGCAAAUGAAAUAAUUAUUGGCUUUUUCAACAAAGGUCUAUUCAUUAAGAAUUGACUUGGUGAAACUUUUCAUAAGAGGUUAGGAUGAUCGUGCGCUAAUCGACCCCACUAACUAAUCUCGUGGUAGACCCGAAGGCUUGGAACGGAGCUCUCUCUUUGUCAUCCCAUCUAGGAAGUACACCCAAUUACCAUUUUUUUUUUCCUCUUUGACAAAGAGUUCAUACGGAACUUUCUUAAAUCGCUUUCAUGUUGUACUUUCUUAACACAAAGUAAACUAUUUUUCUACCCACCUCCGCCACAUUUUUUCUCCACGCCUCUAAAAGCCACGAACGUUUUCUUUAUCCCCUUUGUUAAACAGUUAAACUAAGUAGAAUCGCAGUCCACCCAUAAAAUGUAGACAGUAAUACGUAUUGAUAAAAAAGAUUGCAGAGUAUUUCAUGUACAUACCUUACUGUUGUUCCAUAACUUCACAUACAUUUCCCCAGAUUUCUAUAAGUAUAAGGUAGACCACCUGAAGUCAAAAGGAACUUUUAAGGAUGAUGCUGUUCCACCAAACACCGAAACACUUGCACCUCAUUUCCAGGUCACUGUUGACGUUCAGGAGACUUUUGAUCUACCCCCGCUCACUUCUUCUGCCCCGACCACCACUCCACGGACAGGUCUCCAACGAGAAACCGCUGGCGUUUUUGAGCCGGGGCGUAGAACUCGUCGGCACAAACGGCACCCACGCGUCUCAGAGCAACAGCUCGCCGCCGCCAGAUUACCGAGACCUGGGCUUCUUGGUCUACAAGGGGAGAUUUGACCGCGCGAUUCGAUUUAUCAGAAUCGUGUUCUUCAUAAAUCUCGUCAAUCUCCUCCCGUUUCUCGCCUACGUCGCUUGGCAGGGUUGGGCCGCCGGGAAGCUCAGCCUCGGCUACCUCCAGCCGAUGGCCGCGCCCGUGCUGGUUUUGAGCGUGGUGCAGGCCACGCUGCACUACGCCACCAGGGGAUUCAUCGCGGAGCUGCACUUCAACCCCGAUACCGAGGUGUUCACCGCCACGGAGCUCACGUUCUUCACGCGGGAGCGCCAGUUCCGCUUCAAGGCCAAGGACGUUCGGACCAGGAGUUUCCCCGUAAUCGGUCCCGUACUCCUCUACAAGGGUCGAAUGUUUAUUUUCGGGAAAGCUCAGUUUCGUAGCGACGAUGUUUACAAUCACCUGAUGGGACUUUAAGGGCCAUCUGAUGGGGCUUUACGCCCACCUGAUGGGACUUUAACGGCCAACUGAUAGGGCUUUAACGGCCAUCUGAUGGGACUUCAAGGGCCAUCUGAUGGGAAUUUCACUGCAAUCAGAUGGGACUUUAACGGCCAUUGGUGGAACUUUAAAGGCCAUCUGAUGGAACUUUAAUGGCCAUUUUAUGGGACUUAAAUGGUCACCUGAUUAGGACUUUAACAUAAAACUGACUUUGAAAGACAGAAUUGUUUGCUGGAAUUCGUAAAAAAAAAAAUAUAGUUAAUAGAUUCGUC